GAGAGAGAAAAAGAGAGGAAAAGAGAUGAGAUGAGAUCUGAGAUCUGAGAGACGACUAUGAAUUCGGGCCUAAGCCAAACUUGAACAGAGGUUAUUUUAUGACGUUUGGGCUGGUGUUUGCUAAGUAGUUAAUGUUUUUAUUAUAUUGUUCUCGAUUGUUUGGGAACUUUUGGAUAAUAGUUUUCUCUGUACUCAGAUUGCAUAAGUUUUGGCGCACAAGUUUUGAUCUUACACAACAUCAAUCAAUUAAUCAGCGUUUGUCAAGUAGCCCUCCGAAAGUUAAAAAACAAAUAGAUCUGAACGAAAAAGUUUUUUCUAUCUAUUAAUAGAAUUUGUUUAUUUUUUCUAUUAAUAGUGUAUAUUUAAUAUAUGCAUUGUUGAGAUAGUUGUAGACACAGUCAAUAUUCAACAUCCUGGAUUCACAAAGUUUAUUUUCAAAUAAUUUACAUACGCUAAAAACAGCCUAAAUGACGAAUACUAUAGAUGGGACACAUUUUUAUUCAUCACAGUCCAAUUUUCAACAAAUAAUGGGUCAGCAAAAUGCACAGCAGCAACAGGUUGAGCCUUGGAUGCAAACACCUCAAGUACCACCCAUAACUAUUCCAUGGAGUGUAUCAGAAGCACAUCAAACAGAAGUAAUUAGAUUUACAGGAGAGACUAGUUCUGGACCAAUAGUUCAUCAGAAAAGAAAAUUAGAUAUGCCAGAUCUUAUAGACACGCAUCAAACAAAACAGUUUAUAACAGAAGAGAAAAUGGCUGCUCAUUUUAAAAGUUUGCGUAUUAGUUCUACUUCUGAAUCUGAAAAUUCAAUGUCAUCAUCUACAGAUCAUACAUUAUCUUUCUCAUAUAAACAGUCAGAUAUGGAUUUAGAUGUUGAUGCAACAAAUGCAGUAAAUACUUCACAAAAAGGUGAUAUACAUCCAAGAUUAGUUCUUUCAGAAGAACUUAAGCGAAUGCAACAGGAACCUAUAUUGCCAUCGACUCUUUUAUCUAAAUUGGUGUCAACAAAAUACCGUCCACUUUGCGAAGUUUGAAUUUUGAAGUGUGAAAAAGGUCUGAGAGACCCAAAUCUGGACAAG